UCCUCUCCUCCGACCAUGAAGCUCACCAUCAUCCUCGCCACUGCCGCCUACGCCACGGCCUGCACCAACGUCUCCGUCGAGGGCGACGCCACCUACUGCAUCGAAGGCGCCAUCUGCGGCGGCAACGGCAGCGCCUGCCCCAAGCAAGGCGACUGGGCCUCGGGCGACUGCAAGGCCGGCCUCUUCUCCUCCAAGAACGGCUGGUGCCAGGCCCCCGAGUCGGCCGUCUGCUUGACGCUCAAGACGGGCGCUCGCGGCUGUGUGUACCCGUCGAAGGGUCCCCAAAAGAUGGUCGCCGGCAUGACGGCCGAGGCCGAUCAGGGCUGCACCAACGUGUCGGUCGAGGGGGAUGCCACCUACUGUGUGAACGGCCCCGUGUGCUCGGGCAACAGCGGCAGCGGCGCUUGCCCCAAGAAGGGCGACUGGGCGUCGGGCGACUGCAAGAGCGGCCUCUUCUCGUCCAACGGCAAGUGGUGCCAGGCACCGGAGGAUGCGACGUGCCAAAAGCUCAAGACGGGUGCCUACGGCUGCGUGUACCCGACUAAGGGUCCCCAGAAGAUGGCUGCUGAAGCCGACCAGGGCUGCACCAACGUCUCGGUUGAAGGUGAUGCUACCUACUGCGUGAACGGCCCGGUCUGCUCGGGUAACAGUGGCGGUGGUGCUUGCCCCAAGCAGGGCGACUGGGCCUCGGGCGACUGCAAGACUGGUCUCUUCUCGUCCAAGAACGGCUGGUGCCAGGCGCCCGAAUCCGCGACGUGCCAGAAGCUCAAGACUGGUGCGUGGGGCUGCGUCUACCCGUCCAAGGGUCCUCAGAAGAUGGACUUCAACCUCCGCGGCUAG